AUGGUUGAACUGCCCACUGCUGUGCGGCGCCGCUCCUCCAGAGGUGAACUGAUGAGGAAGAUAGACUUUUCUUCUUGUUUUGUCUCUGUGAUCAGCUACUCGAAAGAUUCCAACGGCAAGCCUGGGCUUGAUAUCGAAUCAGAGUCGUUAUUCAUUGUGUUUGAGCUUGGCAUGGAAUCACUAGAGGAUCGGCUGAUCCGAUAUGGGGACAAGGGUCGACAGCUAACUGCCGACGAACACCGCUCACUACAGUGGGCCUUAGUUUCAAUUGUUUUUGGUUUGCAUACGAUGGGGUAUGUGCACUUGGACAUCAAGCCGGCCAACAUUGUUUGCUUCGAGCUUGAGCACAAGAAGGAGCAAUGGAAGCUUAUAGAUUUGGAUGGUGCAUUGUGCACUGGAACCGAAGUGCGUUUAAGCGAAGUCGUUGCAACGUUGCAAUAUUUGUCGCCCGAGCUGGCCAGUACGUUUCUGGGCAUGCAGGACCCUGAGAAGCGCUUCAGCAUCAUCGAGUGUAUCAAUCACUAUUUUUUCCAGAAGAUCCGCCAUACGCACCUGGAGGACCUCGCGGGAAUCCUGGAAGCCUCGACUCUUGGUCGCGUUUUUGGCCUGGGCCAAAUGCAGAAAUGUUUGCGCAUGCGGCGCAUGUGCACGUGUGCGGUCGAUUGUUAUAUUGUUGGUCUCGUUGUGGACGACUUUUGUUUUUCAGUUGGAACGCACUUCUAA